AUGGAAUUAGGCGCCAUAUACACAUUUUUGGCGCACGGAACCAUAUCGGAGUACGAACGAUUUACGGCGAUAACACCGACUGGACUGGUGUGUACUCCACUGCCGUUAGAUACCUGUCGCUUGGAUCCCUCGCGGACACCCGUCGGACUCGUUGGCGCUGGUGGAGCAGCAAGAACAGUUGUCUACGCUUUGGCCCAGGCAGAGGUUAAGCAAAUCUAUGUUUGGAACCGAACGGUUGACAAGGCGCGUAAAAUUGCUAUCGACCUUCGGGAUGCAUGCAGUGUCAUGGCUACGGCUCACCAAUCGGAUAUUACGGAGGGGCCCGAUAUUAUCAUCGGCACUAUUCCCGGCGAGGUGCUGCCGCGAUCAGCGUUCGUUGAACCCUUUUCGAGAGUCAAGCGGACUGCAAUGAGAUGUCGUACAAGCCGCCGAUUAUGA